UCUUAAAAUUCAUAUUAGCCACAUGAUGUCGCUGUAUACCACAAAGUCUUAAGGAAAGGGUGUUCCGGUCACUAAAAACUAAAGGAAGAAGCUCCAUUUUGUCACAAUCUAAGAGAAGACUAAAAUGGUAAGGAGAUAAAUGUUUGAAAGUAUGAAGUAAAUAAGUAUGAUUUUGAAGUAAAGCGAGAGAGGUAGAAAGGUGUGGCGUCUUUGCGAUGCUGUUUGCCAGGGCAGGAGGCCUGACAGCUUGGCGCUUGCUGCUCUCGCUUCUCCACUUCGCAGCCUGGGAGGCUGGGAGCGGCCAGCUCCACUACUCGGUCCCCGAGGAGGCCAAACACGGCACCUUCGUGGGCCGCAUCGCGCAGGACCUGGGGCUGGAGCUGGCGGAGCUGGUGCCGCGCCUGUUCCGGGUGGCGUCCAAGGAGCGCGGGGACCUUCUGGAGGUAAAUCUGCAGAAUGGCAUUUUGUUUGUGAAUUCUCGGGUCGACCGGGAGGAGCUGUGUGGGCGGAGCGCGGAGUGCAGCAUCCACCUGGAGGUGAUCGUGGACAGACCGCUGCAGAUUUUCCACGUGGAGGUAAAAGUAGAAGAUAUUAACGAUAAUCCCCCGGUCUUCAGAGGUAGACAGCAACGAAUUUUUAUUCCUGAAAAUAGGCAGCUGGGUUCACGUUUUCCGAUAGAGGGCGCUGUUGAUGCAGACACUGGUGCUAAUGCUCUUCUAAUUUACAACCUCAGCCCCAAUGAUUACUUCUCUUUGGAUGUACAGGCAAGUGAUGAACUAAGUAAAUCUCUUUCGCUUGAAUUGAAGAAAUCUUUGGAUAGAGAAGCAACACCAGAACUUCAUUUAUUAUUGACAGCCACAGACGGGGGCAAACCAGAGCUGGAAGAUACAGUUCAGCUGAUGAUCUUAGUGCUUGAUGUUAAUGAUAAUGCCCCAGUGUUUGCCCAGGCACUGUACAGAGUACACUUAUUAGAGACUGUGGCAAAUGGAACAUUAGUGACUACGUUAAAUGCCUCAGAUGCCGAUAAAGGUGUAAAUGGUGAAAUUGUCUUUUCCUUUGGCAAUGAUGGGUCUCCCAACAUUAAAGAAAAAUUCAAAAUUGAUUCCAGCUCAGGAGAAAUUAGACUAAUUGAUAAUUUGGAUUAUGAAGAAGCAAAAUCCUACGAAAUUCAGAUAAAGGCAGUUGAUAAAGGAAGUCCUCCUAUGUCCAGUCACUGCAAAGUUUUGGUGAAAGUGCUGGAUGUCAAUGACAACACACCGGAAGUAGUGAUCACUUCUCGGUCUUUGCCUAUCAGAGAGGACGCUCCCUUUAGCACCAUCAUUGCCCUCAUUGCGGUGUCCGACCGCGACUCGGGUGUUAACGGGGAGGUGACCUGCUCGCUGACACCCCACGUCCCCUUCAAGCUGGUGUCCACCUUCAAGAACUACUAUUCCCUGGUGCUGGACAGCGCCCUGGACCGGGAGAGCGCCUCUGACUACGAGGUGGUGGUGACAGCCAGGGACGGGGGCUCGCCCUCGCUGUGGACCACGGCCACCGUGUCCGUGGAGGUGGCCGACGUGAACGACAACGCGCCGGUGUUCGCGCAGGCCGAGUACACGGUGUUCGUGAAGGAGAACAACCCCCUGUUGGUGCUCACGCUGCUGCUGUACACGGCGCUGCGCUGCUCGGCGGCGCCCACGGAGAGCGCGUGCGGGCCUGGCAAGCCCACGCUGGUUUGCUCGAGCGCGGUGGGUAGCUGGUCCUGCUCGCAGCAGAGGGGGCAGAGGCUGUGCUCUGGGGAGGGCCCGCCCAAGACGGACCUCAUGGCCUUCAGCCCCGGCCUCUGUCCAAGUUUGAGCACGUCUGAAAGAAAUGAAUAUACUGAAGCAAAUUCGAAUCUUUCUGCUAAUAUGUGUCUUGAAUUGAACUAA